AUGAAUCCAUACUUUACUCCUAAGAAAAUAACACGAACAAUCACUCCAUAUAGACCUCUUCAACUUUAUAUCCAAGGAUUUCUUGAUUGUAUUUUUAUUAUUGCGACUAUGCGAGGUAAUGUCUCUGAAUGGAUUUCUAUUGAUUUGAAUCAAGCAAUUCCACUAUUUGAUCAGACCUCAAUAGCACAGCAAGAUCAAUUACCUCUAUCCCAUCUCUCUGCAAAAUUUCUUUUAGGAGCAAGCCAUCUUCCACGAGCAGAUUUUGCACGAAUGCUUGCUUGUCAAAUAGCAAGUUAUAUUGUCCGUGAUUCAGUCAAAGAGCAACGGAUGGUUUUAGUUGGAUUUGGAUUGGAUUGGACUGAAGAUUUGGAGGGACAACGAAGCCUUUAUAAUAAUGUUUUGAAGAUGCUUGAAGAAUGUAAAGUUUGGUAA